AUGCAGCAAAUUACAGAUCUGAGAAAUCCAUCUACAGUAUCUCCAUCACCCUCCAUGGCUCAUGCAGCUGAUGCUUAUCAUCAGGGAAACAUACGAAUGAACCUGGAAUACUCCGAGCUCUGGAAAUCCUUUCAUGAGAUCGGGACAGAAAUGGUAAUCACCAAAUCUGGCAGGAGGAUGUUUCCAUACUGCAAUAUCAGUGUGUCUGGACUAGUGCCCUAUGCAAAGUAUGUCAUCAUGGUGGACAUGGUGCAAAUGGACAGUUAUAGGUACAAGUGGAAUAAUGAGGAGCGUUGGAAAGUGGCAGGGAAAGCAGAGCUGCAGCCUCCCUACAGGACAUACGUCCAUCCAGACUCUCCUGCUUCAGGCAGUCACUGGAUGAAACAAUCCAUCUCCUUCCUGAAGCUGAAGCUCACCAACAACCCACUGGACCAGAAAGGCCAUAUCAUUCUGCACUCUAUGCAUCGUUACCAACCUCGAUUCCAUGUGGUGCAGGCAGAGCAUCUGUACUGCAUACGAUGGAGUGUUUUCCAGACAUUCACAUUCCCUGAAACCACCUUUACCGCUGUCACAGUCUAUCAGAACAGCAAGAUUACAAAGCUGAAGAUAGACCAUAACCCAUUUGCAAAGGGCUUCAGAGAGGAGGGAACCCAUGGCAAAAGGCACAGAGCUCAGAAAAGUCAAAUAUGUGAUGAGAGUGCAGCAAAGAAAUUGAAGUCCUCUGUGAAGGAGCCAGAAUCAAGAUAUUUUUCAAAUUUGCCUAGGCUCCCAUAUGACCCUCAGAGAGAGGAAUCAGAAGGCCUGCUAUUCAACAAAGAAGUCCUGAUGGCCCAGGAUGAGCACAUGUCUCCCUGGGAGGGGGAGCAGGAUCCAGUUCAAAGUCUGCACAGUGAGGAAACAAUGGAAUACCGCAACUCAGAGCAGCUGGUACCUGGCCAGACUAGCUACCAACCCCAAAGUAAUCAUGAAUUCACGAGGAUGGCUUCACCUUCCACUGUAGAUGAUCAAGUUGAUCACAAUGGUUUUGAAACUGGGUCCACUGACAUGGCUACUGUUCCUGAGCCAGAGAUAUUCAGAACUCUGCCAUUCAUGAGCCCGAGCUCCCCACAGUGCGGUGCCAUUGCCUACAGUAUUCCUGCAGGUUCAAAAGGCAGACCAGGUCUUAGCAGUCAUCCUCUGAGUGGCCAUUAUACCACGGAUCAGACAUUAGGCUUCUGGAGCGAAGCUCUACCAGGGCAGUACUCAAGCCCUGCCUACCCUCAUCCACAUCCACACCACCUGCAUUCAUCUGGAUAUAACCAUGGCAGUGUGGCAGAGUGGAGUCAGUACUCCCUCUUUUCUUACUCCUGCUGAGCAGAAGUGGAGCAAAAAGACAAGCUGCAAGCAAUUGGUGAGAGCAACAAGAGAGGAAAAAGAAAAAUUCCUUCCUCUUCAAGUCUAUGCUGUUGCAGCAUUAAUUUUUUUUGUGUGUUUUGGAAGUCUUUAAGGAUAGCAUUAGGAAGAGAGGCUUGAAUUUUAUUUUAUUUUUAUGCUCAUGUCUGACAAAAAACUAACAACUCAAUCACUCUAUGACAAUAUGAAGAACAGGUUUGAAGAGACAAUGGCAAACUUUGCAAAGAGAAGUGUGUGUCUAUAACCAUUAUUUAAAAUGAGCUGAUUUAACAGAACAAAAUUUAAAUGAAAUAAAGUCAUAGUGAAAAUGGAGAAAUAUUGGAAUACAUUGGAAUAACAUUAUAAUAUGUCACUAUCCUCCUCAAAGAGUCGUACACAUGUAUAAAUUACAAGAAGGCAAUGUAGAGUAAGGGUAAGGAUGAAUGAAAAGCCUUCAUUGCCUUCUCAGUUGUGGCAAUUAGGAGCUUCAUGUUAGAUCCUAAAUAAGAGACACAGUUAUGACCCUGUGUUUGGUGGGUAAUUGUUAGUUGAAGCUGAGACCUGUUUUACUAUAGAUUUGCCUGAAUGAGUCUGUCUACUGGUCAUAAUUUAAGCAGACAUUUGAUCAGCCCUACAGGAGCCACCCACAAAGCUGAAAGGAUAGCUGAUCCUUUAUGUAAUAUCCCAAAGCAUCAAGUGCAUGAUAAGGCAUUUUGUCUUUGAAUGAACUUUUACAUUUAUGUAUAAAAAUACAGUUGCAAGAAAGUGUUUACUGUCAUUAUCUGGAUUUCUGAAUGAACAGCAUCUAAAAUGUGAUGUUAGCUAAACUUAUUUAAUAAACACAUUAUAUUCCUGUUGAACAAAUGUUUAAAUAAUCAAGGUCACUGACAGAAAAGGUAUGUGGAACAUAGUAGUAACUAGUGUUACUCCUUUUAAAGGCCAUUCAAAUAGUAGCCAUACAGAACAAGGUGUUUUUAGAUAGGCAGCAACAUUUACUUACGAAAGCAGUGUUUUUUCCUGGGGUAAACACCAAUGAAUA